UUUUUCCCUGAACCUUGUUUUUGCCGAAGAAGGCAGUUUCCAAAUGGGUUUUCUUGUGCCAGGAGAAAAUUUUUACAGUAUUUAAACAUACCCUGCAUUGCCUUGUGUGUUUCUAUAUUUGAUUUCUUGUAUAACUUAGAAAGGCUGUCCCCACUUAAAAUCCAGAUUUUUGUGUCUAUUUUCUUUUUAAAAAGAAAGAAAGAAAGCAAGCAAAGAAAAAAGCAGUGAUAAAUUUAGAAGUGGGUGUUUUUCAUUGUACAUGGUGUACUUGGCCGAGGAGUUGCUUCAGCAGGGCAACUUUCCCAUUAAUGAUUCACAAACUUUUAAACAGAAUUUAAAAACAAGCAAACCCCGACUCUUUUGGCUUGGGUGCUGCCUAGAGUCUGGAGCCGGUCGCUAGGAAACCGGUCCUGGCCUGAGUGCUGGAUUCCAAUCACCCUGCAAGGACUGGGCUGCGGCUGCGGCUUCCAAGGACGAUGGAGUCGGAGUCGGUUGCUAGCGACAAGGAUGCCUCGGAGGUGCCUGGCCCUUGGGCUGACGACGGCCCUUGGCAGGACAGUGCCUUACACGCGAGUAGUGCUCUCCAGAACGAGCCUGGCUCAUGCCCGCUUUCCUUGCGCUGCCAGGGAAGGGCCGUGCAGUUCCAUGCCCUCUCUCCCGCUUCCUCUCCUGCCUCAGGCAUUCUUUGCAGAAUGAGGGAAUAUUUUCCAAACUGAAGCUGAAAUAUGCACCAAGGCAGCCAGCUCAGGCCCGGGAAUAUCUGCGCUGCAGAGGGUGAGGGUGCGAGUGGAGCCAGAAGUUCUGGUGGCAAGAGGAGCAGGGCGAGACGAGACGAACGACGCUUCGCUUUGGGAGGGGUCGCUCACGCUGCGCUGCGCCCUUUGGCAGGCAGUUGACCUAAUCCCGCGGCGUGUGGUUAAGAUUCAGCAGGCUUGUGUUUGGGUCCCUGUCGGCACGUGUAGUCAUUCAGUGGUCAUUCAGCCUGCCUACCUCGCAGGGUUGUUGUGAGGAUAAACGGGGGGAAAUUUGCGUGUGCUGCUCUUGAGAUCUUCAGAGGAAAGUUGGGAUAACAAUGCGAUCAAAAUAAGGAGUGCGGGUUGCUUCUGCAGGGCCUCUUAAAAUGAGGAGAAGGGGCAUGAAAAGGGUCAGUGGGACUCGCCUCACGAGCAGUGACUUGCUGUGGGUGACAAGCAGUGGCAGGAGCUUUAUGUUUGCCAAGGCUUUGUCUGAGGUGCGUGAUGGUGGCAAGACCGGUUUUGCCAGACCCAUGGCGCGGUUCGGAGCAAGACCUUGGGCCCGCCUAGCCCCAUGUUAGUGACCCUGACGGGCACUUAGCAAGUGCUCUCCGGCGCCUCAGGCAGGGCCUUUUCUGUCCCUUCUGAGAGAUGCCAUCAGGGUUUGAACUUGGGUCCUUCUGCGUGCAAAGUAGAGAGUCCUUUUCUUGAUAGCAAAGCAAGGCUCCAGUCCUCAUGGUUCUGAAGAAAGCACUAAAUUAAGUUUAAAUGAAGAAAUGCCCUUAUUCUGUAUCCACAGUCUUAUAGUUGCUAUUAAUUGAAGGCUGUGAAUUUUUAUGUGUGUGUGAUUCUUUUGUAUUUCUGUGCUUUGGAUUUUUAUUGAUAAACAGCCAUAUGGUGGGUAAUGUUUCCUGAAAAGUGGGCUAGAAAUUAUCCAGUUAACAGAUAAAGUGUGCAUAUGUGAUAGAUACAAGCUCGGCCCCUCCUUGAGAUGUCCAUUGAUCCAAUAACUUCUUUCUUAUUCAGUGUGUUCACACCAAGUAACGGACUUGCUGGAAAGCAUUUGUAGAAAACCUACAGAAAACCGUCAAGAGCUGAGGAACCAAACAAUCAGGAAAAGGCUGAGAGAAUAGACAGUGUUGGGUUUUUGAAAGGGAGAAACCAGGAGGGAAUACUCACCGCAAGAACAGAGAGAGCAACCGUACACUCUGUUCUUUGAGGAUAAGACAAUAAGCCGUGGAUUAAGCUAAGAUCAGGUGAGAUGUGUGGGUGGACUUCCAAAAUCUGGAUUAUGCCAGCUGCAGUCAGAUGCAACGGAAUGACUGAAACGCCUUUCUGGAGCUGACUGCUGGUAUGUCCCCCGAAGUGAAAUUAUGUGUGAAUUCACGCACUCUUUCCUUGAAUAGUUUCAGGGGAAGCGGCAGUAAUUCCAUUGAGACCAGUGGAAUAUUUCUGGGUGUUUCUGCAUACCUCCUCUGGGUCUGGGUCUGGGUCUGGGUCAAAGAAUGACAGGCAUAGGACACAUUUGAUUUAGGUUAACAUCAGGGCAGGUGUGAUGGGCUCAUAUCUACCCGUAAAAAGGGGAGCAGAGUUCCCCAACUGGACUUGUAACUUGCCAGGACCACAGGAUGGCCAGAACUCAGGUGACUCAAAUCCAGAGGAGGCUGGAGAUGCGCCAUCGGGAGUGGCCUCUUCAGGUGCCGCCUGGAGCCGCUGCCACUGUGCCCGUGGACCGGCUGAUGCCGCACCCUCUUCUGGGCUCCACUUGAGAGCAUCAGCUUAUGGCCUUGCAGGAUCCGUCCAGAGGUCCCCCUGCUCUGCUAGAUACACCAAGCCGUACUAACGCUCACCAGCGUGUCUUCUGUCCCGCAGCUCAAAAGCCCAACGUCGCCUGACAUGAGUGGCAAGAAGAACAGAAACUGCCAGGCUCUCCAGUGCAUUCCAGGUGAAUACAUACAGGAGGUGGCCGGCCACGUGAGGAAGCGUGUCUCUUCCCGAGAUGGUGAAGGAUACAUCCAAGGCACCCUCUAUUGUACCAAUCUAAGAGUGGCUUUCUUACCAAGCCCGUCUCCAAGCACUGAGGACUGCUCCUGCCGCCCUUUCAUGCACAGCGACUAUGACGUGGCCUUUCCUUGUAUCGGGAGGCUAGUGGCCGUUAACAGCUUCACAAAGGCCAAAGUGCUGACACGUUCGUCCACCUUGAAGUUCAUCCCGGAAGAGCUGAUCAUCUGCUGCAGGGACUUCAGGGUGCUGCGGUUCCGCUUCCACGAGAGUGGCUUGGAACCUCAGGCCUUUCGGGUGACGAUGGCCAUCGCCCAAGCUCAGGAAGGCAGCAGCUGGGACAGAUGCUACGAAAAUGCAGUUCUGAAGAAUUUGGAGAACAGCCAGCUGAACAGACAGAAGGGGGAGCCGGAGGGAGAGUUCCCAGUGCUGCUCUUCGAGACAUUUGGCGACUGGGAGAAGGAGCUAAUGCGGCUUGGGGCCACCGGCUGGAGGGUCAGCCCCGUCAACGAGCGCUUUGACAUGUGCACCAGCCUCCCCAAAUACUUGUGGGUCCCCAGUCGCUUUCUGGACAACGAACUGAAGAGAGCCUUUGUGCACUUCAAUGAACGACGCAUCCCGCGGUUGUGCUGGCACCACCCGGGAGGCAGCGAUCUCCUCCGAGCAGCCAGCUUCCAUGCCGAGUCAGACCCGGAGAAGGAAGACUUGAGGUCGGUGGAAACGCUGAUGCUCGCAGGCCAUUCCCAGUGCGUGAUUGUGGAGGCGGCGGCUGACCUGCCCAGCCCACCGGAGAUCCAGCAGGCCUACUCCAGACUGUGGAACCUGUGCCUCUGCCUCGCUGAUUCAUCUGCUGCAACGUCAGAUGAGAAGUGGCUCUCGAGCCUGGAAGGCACACGGUGGCUGGAUCACGUGAGGGCGUGUCUGAAGAAGGCCAGCGAAGUGGCCAUGCUGCUAGCUGAGAGGAGUCGAUCAGUUAUUUUGCAAGAAUCAGACGACAGGGAUCUGAACUGUCUGCUGGCCUCCCUAGUGCAAGUUCUUUCAGACCCACACAUGAGAACGAUAUCCGGGUUCCAGAGCCUAGUCCAGAAAGAAUGGGUAGCAGCUGGACACCCCUUUCUACAGCGUCUCAACCCACUCCAGAAAAAUGACCGGGAUGAGUCGCCAGUGUUUCUGCUCUUUCUGGAUUGCAUCUGGCAAUUGCUCCAGCAGUUCCCACAAUCCUUUGAGUUUACAGAGGCCUACCUGGUGGCUCUGCAUGAUAGCACCUAUGUACCAUUUUCCAGCACCUUCCUGUUCAACUGCCAGUGGGAAAGAGGUCGAAAGAACCAGCUCCAGAACCGUUUCCUCAAUCAACUCUACACUCCCAUAAAUGGCUGGCGAGAAACCAUCUGCCUAGAAAUCCUGCAGAACGGCGUCUAUCCUGUCCAGGAUGUGGAAGGUGCACACUUGCCCACCACCUGGGAGUGGCCCCUGAGAUACACCCCCCGCCAGCGGGCACAGUUCUGCAACCCCUGCCACAGUGGGGGCAGCAGAGGUGCUCUGAAUGGGAACUUCCUAACCGCCAAUAGUGACAAGAUGGAAAAGACUCCUUUAGGGAAAUGCAGCUUGUUCGUGUUCGCCAAGGGUUCCCUCACCUUGCAAACACAUUAUUUUCCUUGGAAAAAUGGCUCCCUUUCCAAGAAGGGCUGCUGGUGGGCUCAGCCGUCUGAGGGUCCUGCAGAGCAAGAAAAGCCUUUGGCCAGAAAAUCCAGUGAUUGCCUUCUCUAUUACAAGGGAUUGCUACUUCUCCCAUCACACGCAGGGCCCUUGAUCAGCCUCUGGAAAAGGUGCUACCUUCGUGGGGAUCCAGAAGUUCAGAUUGGUCUCUUUGCCUCCAGUGUUGGUGGCCUCUCAGAGGAACUGGAGAUUCUUCAAGAGCAAAUGAGCCAUUGGGAAGUGAGGAGCUCACAGCACAGCUCUUGAGAAUGUAAAUGUGCUCCAAUAAGAGCUGGUGAAGAAUCACGGAGCUCCCUUUGCUGUUCCGUUGACAACAAGGCUGGUGCCUUUGGAGCGUUCGUCACAGAACCUGGACAGACGGAUGGUACUCCUCUGUGAGGCAACAAUCACAUUAAGCCAGGUUUUGUAAAUGGCUUAAAUGGGAUCCUUCACACAUUCGCAGAGAAUCCUUUCUGAAGCUCAGAGCCAGCAGGGAGAACAUGGGGUCUUUAUGUUCCAGGAAAGACAACGGUCAUGGGGACCUGACACAUAGAAACAGCUUGUUCUGAGGCCUUCAAGCUCAGCACUGGAUCAUAGAGACCGAGUCCUGUAUUUCUUAUCCUGGCAGGGUUUAUAUUCAUCAUGAACGUGCUGUCUUGAUCAGAGAAUAUGUCAGGGCCCUUUUGGAGGCACCAAAUAGCACAGGGAUGGACCUGUGCGCUGUUUCCCUUUUUUCAUUCCCCCCCACACUACCCACCCAUGUGGUCCACCACUAAGUAUUGCAUUUAUAAACCAGAAUGCAUAGUCUGGAGUGUGUAGUACUUAAUGCGACCUCCCCCAACCUAGCGUCCUCCAGAUGGAUUGGACAAGACCUCCCAUCAGCCCCAGCCAGAAUGGCCACUGGUCAGGGACAACAGGAAGUGCCCGUCAGAACAGCUGGAAGAGUCCAGGCUGAGGAAGACGUAAAGCAGAACCCGUCAGCACUGGGUGCAACUUGUUCUUGGGGAAUGUGAGCAGUACCUUGCCAGAUCAGAUUAACAUGCCACUAUUCCAGCUUUCGUUCCCAGAAUCCUGGCAGCCCAGAAGUGAUCGACUGUCCUCCAGCACUGGGUGCCGGUCCAAAGUCCGCUCCUGGCUCCUGCAGCAGCCUUGUGCUGCGUUGCAUCAUCUUCCACGGUCUCUUAAUGAAACAGCAGUAUUCACCCCACUCCUCUUUGGAGAACAGACUCUCUGCGUCACUCCUUGUUCUCCCCGUUUUAUGGCUAGUGUCAGGGGUUGCCUGAUGCAUUAGGCUGCGAAUCCCUCAGGAGCUUUCACAUCUAUGGUUGAAUUGAGUCCAACUGCUGGUAGCCCUACCUUGAGGCAGCUUGAGUUUAUAAAUAGCUUGGGUUCAUAGCCAUCUUCACAUGCAAAUGAGCUACACCGUGUGGGCUGUUCAUGGGACACCCCAUGGUAGGCUCAGCAGACAAUCAGGCUGGCGGUGCAGUGUCUCCCCCUGAUGCCUCCUCAGCCCUCCAGACAGCGUUGGCCUGUACCUCAGCGUCCUUCACUGCAGGACAUCUCUUGUCUCCACCUCUCCACUCCGAUCACUGCAGCUUUUCGUAAUUGCCAUUUUUUGCUUUUGGACUUUGGGCUUGGUUGUUGGAUCCUCAAAAAUGAACAAUUCAGAACUUUAAAAAAGCCUAGAAAAUUUCCUACCUGUCUUGGCCUUUCGCAAGUGUGCUUCAAUGGGUGUCUGUUAUAUGUAAUCCUGAAACUCCUCGUCAGUUUCAGCUGUCAAAGGGAACAGCAAAGUGGAGUAGGUAACAUAAAUAGAAAUUGACAAUGCAUGACUUUUUAUAGGCUAAUUUGUACGGAGAAGCCAGGAACUAAUUGUAGACAGAAGGGAAGGUUACAUGUAUCAGACAGCCAUAAGAAAGCACUUAAGUAUUUGCAAGAGAGAAAACAACAAUAAUGUAUUACAAAUGCAUUUGCCAAGUUUUGGGGUUGGAUUUUCUAAGAGAACCAUGGCAAAUCAGUGAUGGUUAAUGCAAGUGCUGUUUGGGCAUUGGUAGGGGAGCAGUUACCGGGAGCUGCCCAGCUCAGAUUGCAACAGGAGGCAGCAUUCUUUGCUACUCUUGCUGAAUGGUUCACUAGCUGAUCCUCAUGACUGAUGAUGAAAUUGCUUUCAUGGGUUCAGAUGACACUACAACCUAGAACAAGUUAUGGGCUGUCAGGGCGGCUCAUUUCUGAAAAAAGAAAUCACCCUGCAGGAAGCAGUCAAGCUGUGGAAGACAUGGCAGUCCACCGUGGCUAGUUAACCAUGUUAACUAGGUAACUGUGUGGCUAGUAUUACGUGAACCCAAGCAGCACUUCAGAUUUAGACUAGAAUGUCUUCAAAGAUUAGACAGAUUAGAAAAAAUAUGGAAUUCUUCCAAGAUUGCCCUACAGGCAGAUUUUCAGCCUAGGUAAGCAAUAAGGAAAACCUGUCUCAAAGGUCUUUGUGGUAAUCUGCAGAAGGAUAGAGAACUGUUUUUUAACUUGGAAUGUGCUUCCUAACUGCUAAUGAGAUUGGUGUGACCAAUUCCAGUGCACUUGUAGCCACUUCUGAAAUGCGCCACCAGUGCAGAGUUAAAUGUAUGUUUGUGCUAGGGUGGAGAGUGGAAGUACCAAAGGGAGAUCCAGUUCUUGUUGUACCAGCUACUGUUCACUGUUUUGUUUGUUUGUUUUUUGGUAUCUUGGCGCAGUUCAACAUGGAACAGCUUUCACAUAACAAAGGAGUUAUGGCCAAGAGCCUAAAGAAUGGGUGGACCGUUCCAUCAAAAACACCACCUGCCGCUUACUAUUACUGCCCUGAUUAAGAAGUGGUAUAAAAGUGAGAGCUUUUCCCCAUUUAUUAGCCAGGAAUCUUGCCUUGUGGUUAAAUGAGGGAGAGAAUAGCUUACACGUUCCAACUAGUUAAUGCUCUCCAGACAGAAAUGCUAAUUUCUGUCGCAUAUACUGUUUGAAAACAGAAGACGGUGCUGUUGCACACACAUGUAUUGGCCAGCAUUCUGCUCAAGCACAUCUCCAGUAGCGCACUUAAAACCUCAGCUGAUGAAACUGGCACUCAAGUAAAGGCUUCGCUGAGGCUUGUUGAAAUGACACUAGGCACUUUACUUCAUUUUGCCUAUAAUAGGCUAUCUGUAUCUUCAUGAAAGGUAUUGUCGAAUUGCAUUCAAUGUCGGUCAUGCAUUCCGUGUAUAUCAGUCAUUAAGGCUGCACCCUCUGGCACAUAAGUUGCCUGGGUACAUAAAAAAUUGAUGCUGCUAGCUCGAAAUUUAAUAUACCCCCCACUCCAUCUCUGUAUAUCAUGUUUGCACAGUUUGUUAUUAUAUCCCAUUGGUAUGUCUUGAGUGCCUACCGUAUGUAUUUUUCUAACAGGUGGAAAUCGGUAGUGGAAACGUAUUUCCAUGUAUGCAUAUAGUCUUAUGAAGACAAGGGUUGAUGCUGCUGUUAUAUAUUUGCUGUUAAUUUGCUGUUACAUAUUUGCUUAUUUUAUUUUAUAAGCUUUUGUUCAGAAGCCUUAAUAGAAAUCAGGAAAUGAGAAUUAUUAAGUUAAAUAUAUUUGGGUUUUUGUUUGUUUGUUUGUUUUAAACCUUGUGACUAUAUUACACCCAGUCACCUGCCUGUGGCAACUGGCAUUUAGCAAUAUGGGCAGGUGGACUUGGGGUAUCUGCAGCCUCAUUUUCAGGGCUGCCGUACACUAAAUACGAAAUGCAGGCCUGUUCAGGGGGGUGUUAAAUUAUGUGUGUCUCAUCAUGUCGGCCUGAAUCACCUCCUGCUUCUUAAGAAGUAGCUGAAGAUAACACUUUGCAGAAACAGAGCAGCUGCUGAGCAGGCUGCGUUCUCAGUGUAUUUCCCCUUCCUUCUGAGCAUAUUUAAGGUGAUAUCGCACCCCAGUUUUUCAGAUGUUCUGAGUCCUGUUAGUAUUCUUUAGAACAUCUUUACACGUACAGUAUAAUUUGAGGACUGACUGAGUUACAGAGUUGGCAACUUGCCCUGUCUGAUUUGCAAACUGCAACCCACUGAUGCAAUCCAAUCUCGUGCAGGUUUCCCUGGAAGUAAGUCUAAAUGUGUUCAGUGAUGUUUACUCCCAGGUAAGUAUGCGCAAGGUGGCUGCUGUAAUUUUAUACUCUGUAUGCCUGAAUGCAUUUCGUAUGUUUGUGCUGAACCAGUCAGCACAUGUAUGACUGUGCCAGUUAAAGGGCACAGAAAGGGGCACAUGUAUGACUGUGCCCCUUUCUUUCGCCAGUUAAAAAAAUAAAGACACAACCUGGAUGAAAAAGAAAAAGUGACACUGUUGUAACCUACCAUGAUUCACCAGAUGAAGUACAACUUCUUAAGCCUCCCUUUAUCUGUUGAAUUGCUUUCACAGGGCUUCCUUUCGUUAUUUCUGCUUUUACAUUAUACCAUUCACACAAGCAGAGUACUCUACCUGGAAAAAAAGAGAAAUUUUAUAAUCUUGCUGAAGGUUGCUUCAACAGAAGCAAUUGUGGGUGGUUGGGGGGAUAAUGAUAACCCGGUAGCAUGAAUUACACAAGAAACGAAAGUAUCAAGGGUGUUUUCCCCACACACUCCGUGUAUAUUUUUAUAGCAAUGUUUCUGUUUAAGGUGGUAUUAAAACUUCACUAUUUAUAAACCUAAA